AUGGACAUCCCCACUGUCUCCUCAGAGACCAUGAUGCAUGCCUUCACCCAAGGGCUCAUCGACGAGGACUUCUUCCGCUUGCUCAUCAGGAAGCCGCCCCGCGAUUACGACCACAUGCUGAGGAAGGCCAGUGAAUAUAUCAACGUGGAAGAAGCUCAGGCAGCCCGAAGGAAAGAAGCGCCAUCAGAACCGUCGGUGCACGCCGAACGCAGGCCGCCGACCAGCCACCAGCCUCCGCGAGGACCUCGAGCCGAGGUAGCGCGACCACAUCAAAAAACAAAGCCACACGCUGUCCAACAUGUGGCAGCCGAACGACCAAGACCCAAGGGAAAGGUAUGGACUCCUAUAUUCUGCACCUUCCAUCAAUCCGCAACCCACAACACUCGAGGCUGCCACGGAGUCCCCGCAGUCGCUCAGCCGACUCCCAGGAGUUAUCGCCUCCGAUCGUCUUCCCCCGAACUACGAUAUAGGCGGCCGAGUGCCGAACGGCGAGGGGGGAUCAGGCGGUCACCCGAGCGGCGGCAUCAGCGUCAAAACGACCGCGCCCCAGCUUCAUGCGGACAAGUCGGGCACUCGGCUCGGGAGGAGGAGAACAGGAACAAUGUCGCUCUGGGAGAGAUCAACAUCAUCGCCGGUGGGCCCACCAGCGGUGAUUCCAACCGAACCCGCAAGACGUACCCGCGGCGUUUGGAAAUCCAUGCAGUAGGCUGCAGCCAAGAAAGGACGAGCGGACCAGAGAUCAGCUUCGGUCCCAGAGAUUUAGAAGGAAUCGAAGUACCGCAUGACGACACCCUCAUUAUCCGAGCGGUAAUUGCUAAUUACACAAUCCAUCGCAUAUUUAUUGAUACAGGGAGUUCGGUCAGCAUCAUUUUCAAGAAGACAUUCGACCAACUCCAGAUAGACCGGGCCGAGCUACUGCCGAUGACGACUCCACUGUACGGGUUUACUGGUAAUGAGGUCCAGCCGAUUAGUCAGAUAAAGGUGGCCAUAUCCCUCGGAGAAGAGCCGCUCCGGAGAACAAGGACGACUACCUUCAUCGUUAUAGACGUCUCGUCCUCUUACAACGUCAUAUUGGGUCGACCAGCCCUUAAUGAGUUCCGAGCAGUCGUCUCGACAUUUUGCCAAAAAAUUAAAUUCCCAGUUGAAGAUCAGGUUGGAGAAGUCAAAGGGGAUCAACUGGCUGCUCGGCGCUGUUACGUCGUGAUGGUAAAGGCGGAGGGUAAGUCAGCCCGAAAGGCCCCCCGGAUCGAGGUAAACACCAUAACCGAGAAGCCUCCUACCUCAGUUUAUGAAAAAAGGAGGAAGUGCAGAUACAUCCUUGCCGACCAGAGGCGACGACUUUCAUAG